GAAGAAGAGUUCAUUCAGGAAGCUCUGUUAAACGUUUCUGGUUCAAGAUAUAUCAAGAGUCCAUGAGAAGGAGAUGAGUAUCCCAGAUUACAUGCAGUGUGCUGAGGACCAUCAGACGGUCUUGGUGGUGGUCCAACCAGUGGGCAUCGUCCCCGAGGACGAAUUCUUCAGGAUCUACAAACGCAUUGCCUCUGUGGCCCAGGUGUCCAUCCGGGACUCCCAGAGGAACCUCUAUAUCCGUUACCGUCACCACUACCUCCCUGAGAACAACGAGUGGGGAGACUUCCAGACACACCGCAAGGUGGUGGGCCUCAUCUCCGUGACGACCUGUGGUUCGGCUAAAGAGUGGCCCCAAACGUCGGACCGUUUCCACAGCCAGAAGGAUGUGUUCGGAGCCACGCUGUACGACUCACGGCUCCUGGUGUUCGGGUUGCAGGGGGAGAUAGCAGAGCAGCAGAGGACGGAUGUGGCUUUCUACUCUAGCUAUGAUGACUGUCCCGAUGUGGAGAAGAGGGUGGAGGACUUUGUGGAGUCCAUCUUCAUUGUGCUGGAGUCCAAGAGGCUGGAUAGAGCCACAGACAAGUCUGGGGAUAAGAUACCACUGCUUUGUGUUCCCUUUGAGAAGAAAGACUUUGUGGGGCUGGACACUGAUAGCAGGCACUAUAAGAAGCGUUGCCAGGGCCGUAUGAGGAAGCACGUUGGGGACCUGUGUUUGCAGGCAGGCAUGUUGCAGGAUGCCCUGGUUCACUAUCACAUGGCAGUGGAGCUGCUCCGCUCCGUCAAUGACUUCCUGUGGCUCGGGGCUGCGUUAGAGGGCCUGUGUUCAGCCUCUGUUAUCUUCCACUACCCUGGAGGAACAGCAGGGAAGGCUUCUGGACGCGAACGCAGCCUGGCACAGGGCCAGGGCCAAGCAGCCGACGCAGGGAAGAGACACCGGCCAGGUGCACUCACAGCCAAUGGGAUCAGUGCAGACACCAGCAGUGAAAUCGGUCGGGCCAAGAACUGCCUGAGCCCUGAAGACAUCAUAGAGAAAUACAAGGAGGCCAUCUCCUACUAUGGCAAGUAUAAGAAUGCAGGCGUGAUAGAGCUGGAAGCGUGUGUGAAGGCAGUCAGGGUGCUAGCCAUUCAGAAGAGGGCCAUGGAGGCCUCAGAGUUCCUCCAGAAUGCUGUCUACAUCAACCUGGGACAGCUGUCUGAGGAAGAGAAGAUCCAGCGUUACAGCAUCCUCUCUGAGCUCUACCACCUGAUUGGUUUCCACCGUAAGUCAGCCUUCUUCAAGCGGGUAGCAGCCAUGCAGUGUGUGGCCCCCACCAUCCCAGAGCCUGGCUGGAGGGCCUGCUACAAGCUGCUGCUGGAGACCCUUCCUGGAUACAGCCUCUGCUUUGACCCCAAAGACUUCAGCAAAGGUCCCCACCGUGGCUGGGCGGCGGUACAGGUGCGUCUGCUCCAUGAGCUGGUGUACGCAUCCCGUCGUAUGGGAAACCCCGGCCUGUCCGUCCGCCACCUCUCCUUUCUGCUCCAGACCAUGCUGGACUUCCUCUCAGACCAAGAGAAGAAGGAGGUGACUCAGAGUCUGGAGAACUACACGUCUAAAUGUCCAGGAGGAAUGGAGGUUAUCACCCUGCCUGAUGGACUCAAACUGCCCCCAGUACCGUUAAGCAAGCUACCCAUCGUCAGGUACGUCAAUCGGAUUUUUAAAGCUCUUUUUCAGCAACAGUUGUCAGACGUGGUGGUGAACGGGAAACCAUGUGACUGUGACAUCAUCGCUGACUGUAAGGUGGGCGACGCUGUGCCAUUGGAGGUGAAACUGACCAAUCGUAGUAAGAACGCGGUCGGACCGUUCGCCCUGACCGUGGUUCCCUUCCAGGACUACCAGAACGGAGUUCAGAACUAUGACCUGCAGGACGCAGUCACCUUCAUAGGAUCUAACACCUUCUACAUAGACACGGUGAACCCCACAGAGAACUCUGUGUGUAUGGGAGCCCUCCUGUUCCUCUACACUGGAGAUUUCUACCUCAACAUCAAGUUUCAGGAUGACAGUGCUGGCCAGGGCAAGGAACUGCCCCCAUCCUGGUUCGGCCUGCCCAGCGUACACAUCAAAGCCCUGGAGGUGCCUAUCGAGGCUGGGGCAUAG